AUGGCUAUGGUUACUGGAACACUCUUCUCUCCACCCUUCACCGUCUCUGUUGUUUCUUCAUCUACAGAAAGCACAAACCCAAAGUCAGUGAAACUAAGAGAUGACUGGAGGCAAAGGUCCAGACCCAUUCCUCCUGGUGGCACCUACCCUGCCAAGGAUCACUGCAGCCAGUGUGGGUUGUGUGAUACAUAUUACAUUGCCCAUGUCAAGAAUGCUUGUGCCUUUUUAGGAGAUGGCAUGUCUAGGAUUGAAGCUCUUGAACCUGUUGUUCAUGGCCGAGGGAGGAAAGCAGAUUCAUUGGAUGAGACUUAUAUGGGAGUCUAUGAGAACUUACUUUAUGCUCGUAAAACUAACCCUGUAGAAGGGGCUCAGUGGACAGGUAUAGUGACUACUAUUGCGAUGGAAAUGCUUAGAACUGGUAUGGUUGAAGCUGUUGUCUGUGUCCAGAGUGAUCCAGAAGAUAGAUUCAUACCAAGACCCGUCUUGGCAAGGACUCCAGAGGAAGUUCUGGCAGCUAAAGGUGUCAAGCCAACAUUGUCUCCUAAUCUCAAUACUUUGGCGCUAAUUGAGGCAUCUGGGGUGAAGCGUCUUCUCUUCUGUGGUGUUGGAUGCCAAGUGCAAGCAUUAAGAUCAGUGGAGCAACAUCUGAAUUUGGAAGUGCUAUAUGUUCUAGGCACUAAUUGUGUGGAUAAUGGAACACGAGAAGGCUUAGAUAAGUUUCUGAAGGCAGCUAGUAAUGAACCAGAAACUGUUCUGCAUUAUGAAUUUAUGCAAGAUUACAAGGUUCAAUUGAAGCAUCUAGACGGCCAUAUUGAGGAGGUUCCCUAUUUCUGUUUACCAGCAAAUGAGUUAACUGAUGUCAUAGCUCCUUCUUGCUACAGCUGUUUUGACUACACGAAUGCGUUGGCGGAUCUGGUAGUAGGGUACAUGGGUGUGCCAAAGUAUGCUGGACUCAGCAUGACUCAACAUCCACAAUAUGUCACCGUUAGAAAUGAACGUGGAAAGGAAAUGCUAAGCCUGGUGAACGAUCUUCUCGAGAUCACUCCUACAACUAGUGGUGGUGAAAGGCGUCCAUUUGUUAUGGAAACAGUGAAGGCAGAUGAUAAUGCCAAGUUAGGGAGAGGACCUUCGAAGCCUGCCCCAAGAUUCAUUGGCAACUUUCUAGCAUUUGUGUUAAAUCUAAUUGGUCCUAAGGGUUUGGAAUUUGCCCGGUAUUCCCUUGAUUACCACACUAUCCGAAACUACCUCCAUGUAAAUCGUGUCUGGGGUAAACAAAGAGCUGAUAAGCAUAUGCCAUCAUAUGCGAAGAAAAUUGUGUCUAUGUACAACCAAAAUGGCGAAAUUGAUCAGAUGGUUUCUGCAAAAUGA